CUGGCCAAAUUUCCCAUUGUCCUUUCAUAGGUCCAAACUGAGUAAUGUGCAUUCAGUAACCACUAGGUGAUGAUAUAUACCACAAUACUAUAGGCCAUACCUCAGCCUGGUGUCACAUGUACAGUGAGAGGAAUGAACAUUAACUUGGCUUGGAGGCACUCAACCUGCUACACACACACCACCCUCUGAACCGCAGCUCAACUGUUCACCUUUCUCACACCUUCAGGGUAUUUGCAUAAAAGAAUCAGCUUCCUUUCUGCCCCUGUGCAAGCCGACAGGCACAAAGCCAAGCUGCAGUGCAGUGCAGCGCUCAAAUGUACUGUGCCAGGUGUUGGGGUUACAUGCACUCCACUCUACUUACAAAAGGAAGGGCUUUCUAACGUGUUUCAAAUGCAGGAACAUGGACAACAGCCUGCUGGAGCAAGGUCUGGCCCAGCCUACACUCGGGGUCUACACUCGGUCAGGCAGGCCGCAGAGUGGGCAGACCGGGCAGACUGGGACUGGCGUCUUGUCUGCAGUCCGUUUUCUGAGGACGUCAGGUUUCGUGGUUUGCGAUCCAGGACCGUGACCCAGAUGGGUGAGCUGCCAGGCCGACACCCCGAGAGACACCUGAGAAUGGGAAAUUCAGGGGAAAAAAAAGUUUCAUUUACUAGUUCUCAUGGAGAUAGGGAGAAACGUCCAACACCCAACUCUCAGCCACCUUGUUGUCCUUGUUGCAGACUAGCUCAGAAAACACACAGUGCCACACAAGUCCGGGCGAGAACAAAGUAAAGUUUGUAGCCAAUAGCCAAAGCACUGUGAUGCCAAUCGUGGAGACACUGUAGCCAAGCGCAGUUCAGAAAGCUCAGGUUUUCAAAGGAGAGCGUUCAGAAAAAUUCCUGGCCUCAGGGAACCGUCAUAUACAGGGGAGCUCAAUCUCUUCAGUCUAGGACAAAGGACAAUAAAAGAAUUAACCAAGGAAGGGGAACAGAAACCUUGUGUUUACGCAAAGAGUGGUGGGGGUCUGGAGCAGGCUUCCCUGUUGGGAGGAUGGGCCCUGUGGAGAAACCUGGACACAAUUUCAGUCGCACUCAGCUGCUGAACUAUCACACAGCGGUCCGGAGGAGCCAGACAGUGCCCUUUCAUCUGCAGCCUCAUCUGCUCCGACAGCAAAGAAGAAAGAGCUGAAAGCCAACGGGAACUUCGUUAAGAGCAGACUUCUCUAUGUGGUCUCAUGAACUGUGAGCCUUGACCUGUUCACCACCAUCAUCAUCAUCAUCAUCAUCAUCACCAGCAGCAGCCUCCUCAGGGGCCCUGUCACUGUUACUAGGUUUCUGUCAGGGGGAGGAAGAUCAAAGGAGACCAGAAACGGUGCUCAGCGCUAGUGUGCGCUCUUCCUCUGAGCUCAGCAAUUCGUCUGCGCUCCUGUUAUGACUGCUCACGCCGCGCUGGAGGGUUCAACAACAACGGAAGCAGCGAUCAGUGUGUGAAAGAGCGAGAGAGAGGGAGAGAGCGCAGAUCGUCGCUGCUUAUCUGCUCCUUGGCUGUUGUGAUUGCGAGACCUGUUUCUGCCCCCCGUGCCCGUCUCCCAGCGUCUGACCGGCGGUGUCGGUGGAGAAGGGACCGCAGGCACCGGAGGAUUCCCGGCUCAUGUAAGCGAGUGCUCGGACCUUCCCGUCAACAGAACAGCGCCGGCAGCGGCCCCGGGCUCGACGCAGGCUUCAGGAGGCACCGACGGCAGCAGAGUCGCGGGCAGGCGGGCCGCCGGCGAGCAGCGGAGGGGUGCGCGGGCCGUGGAGUUCACCCAGCAGCCAUGAGGCGCAAGAAAGGCCACCUGCUCCCCCGUUCCUGAGGCGACCUCGCAAGCAAGCAAGCAAGCAAGCAAGCAACCCCCCCACCCCCCAGCCAGGACAGCGUGGGAGACACCCCCAGCCACCCCCAUGAACGCCACGGGGCAGGAGCUGGGCAACGGCACGGGGCAGGAGUAUGCCUCGGUGCGGGCCUGCGCCUCCGCCGUCUCCUUCCUGCUGCUGGCCUUCAUCAACCUCAUCAUCAACUACACCAUCCUGCGGGACGAGGAGCUGCGCGGGCAGGCGCGCUUCGUGCUGGUCUUCCACCUGCUCUUCUCGGGCCUGGUCUACUUCGGGGUCAACAGCGCCUUCUACCUGCAGAUCUACCUGGGCGCCCGGCUGUCGGCCGGGGCCUGCCUGACCCUGGUCACCGUCCUGGUCACCAGCGCCUCCAACAUCCUGCUCACCCUGACCGCCAUGGCCCUGGACCGCUACUGCGCCAUCUGCUUCCCGCUGAAGUACAGCGCGCUCUGCGGGCGGCAGCGGCCCUGGCUGCUGGGGCUGGGCACCUGGGCGCUGGCGCUGAUCAUCCCGCUGUCUCUCUUCCUGCCGCCGGGCGCAGUGGCUGCCGACCCGAGCACCUGCCGGCGCGACCAGCUCAAGAAGGGCGAGGUCCAGAAGAUCGUGCUGCUCAGCCUCUGCACGGGCCUGAUCCUCUUCAGCUACGCCCGGAUCCUGCUGGAGGGCCGGCGGCUGGGCGUGCUGAGCCGGCGCAACCGCAUCGGCCGCAAGACCAUCGUCAUGCACGGCGCCCAGCUGGCCGUCUACCUGCUGCCCACCUUCGUCAACUUCGCCCUGCACCUGCUCAACCGGGCCGGCCACCUGCAGGCCGGCGCCAAGGAGCUCUUCGGGGUGGUCAACUUCGCCUUCUUCAGCCUGGCGCAGUGCAUCGCGCCCGUCAUCUACGGCCUGCGCAAGGAGGAGCUGCUGGAGAAGAUGCACCACCGCUUCCCCUGCCUCUACUGCAACCUGAAGGGGGUGCUGGAGUGGACGGUGCGCGCCGCCCGGCCCGGGCUCCGCCACCCGCCCCGGGAGAGAGCCAUGACGGCUGCACAGAGGCUGAUUUCGGUGGAGUCGCCGCAGACGCCCGUCUAGCCGGACAGAGGGAUCACCCGACGCCGGGCGACGGACGGGUGUCGUCUGGUUCUCACUACGGAAAGCAGGGAAUGGUAGAUCCCGUUUUAAACCUGUCCCGAGACGCACAGCUGCCAGGCAGAGGGAAACUGCACAAGCAGCCCUUGUCUCGGGGGUCUGUAGCACGGAAGGGGGCUCUUUCCGUGGGAAGAGUGCAGGGCCAGUGCUCCAAUUCCCACCGCAGGACAGGAAGGAUCGGGACCUUCCACAUUCCCGAAACGUCGGGGAAUGCAAGAGGCAUUCUUGGCAUGGCAGGAGAAAGGGACAGAGGAGAGAGCCCCUUCUGUAACCUCCUGUCUACACCAUCGAGCCUUGCUGUUGGAAUUACCUGGAUUGAACCAAACAUCUGCGCCACCGGCACUGAAAUUCAGACAUUUUCCGGGUCUAAAAUACCGAGCAAGAAGUACUGGAAUGUGAACUUCAGACCUUACCCUGGAUCUCGAGGUCAGGAAGACUGGAUACCUCCCACCACCGCCGCCGCCACUGGACGUCUUUCUGACAGCCCCUCUAGUUCAGGCCAGCAGGGGGGGCGGAACGGUGUACGCGGAGAGUUGGGCUGCAGUUCUUGGACCCUGAGAUGAAAGGCUGGCGAGAAAUAGAGAUUGCAGAGGGCGUGGGGUCACGCAGACCCAGCCAUGGAGGGUCUCCAGCUGAAGGCGACAAUCGCCAUCAAAGCACCAGGGUCAAGGGAUCUUGAGUGGCAUUGAGUGCCACUUUUUAAAAGAACGGUCCAGCUGGAGCCAAGACCUAUCAAGAUCUAUCAAGAGGUCCCGCUGGAGCCAACUCUGAGACCACAACCCCCAUUGGCCUUUCUGUUUCCACAUCGUAGAGUGGCAGGGUUGCAGAUCAGAUGGAUCGCGGCAUCUGCUGUCCACGGGCCAGGACUGACGGAUCUUGACGUAGGCAACAUGAGACAGCUUCUGGAAGAGAGGUUGCUAUGAGCGUAUUGAGCUCAGGAUCUUAUCAGCUUUAGCUUUCAUUUCGGAAUUUGGCCAGAUGAAACAUCAAACAUGAGCCCAGCUUCUGGACGGUGACAGAGAGCGGGGAAGGUACAAACUGGUUCCGGGUUUUUAGUCCCUAAAAAAAAAGUGUGGGCUCCCUAUAAAAGAGGUGGGGCUGGGACUCUUUGGGACAGGAGCGAGACGCGCUGGUCUGGCAGUUAACGAAGGGUUGGGUUGCCUGUAAUUAACCUCACCCUCCUCCCCGCAGGAGGCUUGUUACUGGGUUGCAUGGUGAGCGUCUUUCUGUUCAAACUAAAACGAACUUGAUUUUGCUAUCCGGAGGUCAAAGGUUAGAGACUCAACACUCCGAGAGAAGAGUUAAGUAACUAAACUACUGAAGGUGCGAUGCAAUUAACCACUGUGAUCACUUGGUGCGGUGCUGGGAGUCAUCUGCCAGUACUGGCAUCUCGGGCAGUUCUAUGUCUGCACAUGGCCUGUGCUGUGAUACUAAGAUGUAGCUAGAGCUUUGUGAAGCGCACCAACCAUUUAUUAAUCUCAGAACUAUUUAUUGUUCUCAAGAGGCAGCUAUGUUCACACAUCAUUAUCCCACUCAUCCCUGCAACAUACCGCUAGGGCUGAUUGAGAGAAAGAGGCUGAACUAAUUUUUGCAAGAAAGAAUCUGAAGUUCACUAUUGCUUUGCCGCCAAGACCAGCAAAAGUGUAGAUACCCUCCUGCCUUCAAAGAGGACAAAUUUUAAAUUUGGCACUGGUGUCACUGCAGACAGGAAAUAGCUCUCGUCCACUUCCUGUGCAUCAAUAUUUUCCCAACAUCAGCAGUCGCAAACUGGGCUGAUGGCGGCGACACAACUUAUCUGAAUUGACAUUUGUGAGGACGUUUCUAGUUUCAUUUAACAGGAAAGAAGGAAAACGUGUCGGGUUGAACAGGCUUUUGGCGUAAAUGUACCCGUUUUUACGUUAAAUCGUUGAGGACCUGGUCUUCCCCUUGUUUGUUGAAAUUCGGGGCGAUUUACCGCCGUCGCCAGGAGGAGUCUGUCAGGUUUGCGGUUGGAGAGAAGCACCGGACAGUUGCGGACUGCCGCCCUGCCCCGGGGCUUGUUCAAAACCCCACGGCAGAAAGGCUCCUGACGGCUGCCGCCAUGUAGAGCUACGGUACAUCCCGCCAUGAGCUGUACAAUCACGCUCUUGAAAAGGACUCAUUUCCUGUUUGGCAAUGGCAAAUCAAAUUCACAUGACAUUAAUGACAAAUUACAUUUACGUUAUUUAGAUUACAGGACACCAGUGCACAAAUGUAUCUUUAGGGGUUGCGAGUCCUGAGAUGUACAGUAAAUCGACAGUCCCUGACAAUCGCUUGCAGAGGCUCCCCCGAUAUCUGUACACGUCUCUUCAGCGAUGUGUCUGGAUAAUAAUUAUAAUAAUAAUUGCUUACACUUAUAUAGCUCUUUUCUGGACACUCCACUCAUAGCGCUUUAGAGGUA